AUGAUAAACCACCCCCCUGCCAGAGUUAUCCUCCAGCACGUCCCAGCAUUCCCUGGGCCCCGCAUCUCAUCUUCCAGCUCCUUUCAGAGACAGAUCUCUCUGGACAUAACACCUCCUGCAAUGGGAAAGGAAGAGAUGGAAGAAAGCUAUGAGACAUUUGAGGAGGAGUUAGGGCCAUCAAGAGCAAAUCCUCCUCCACACAAGCCUGUUCGACAGAUCCGCAGACCAGAAAUGUAUGCUGCAAGGAAAACCAGAGAGGAAACAGCUCCAGUUUCACACCAACCAAGAGCAGAACCCAAGAUAUCACUCAAAGAACCCAGCAUCCCUAGAACACCAUCCUUGCCUAAACCCUUGUCCAUAGAAAACCUAGCCCAGACAGAAACACCGUGGGAGAACGUCACCCUGAACCGAUGUCUGUUUGUGGCCAUCACCAUCCUCGUACUCACCUCAGGCUUUCAGAGGCUUCAUGAAACUUUGCGUGGUCAGGGGACUUUGCAUAGUCAUGAGGAAGAAGUUGGAAUGAAGGUGAGAUGGUCAGAAACAUUACGUCACAGAGGACAACCAUCAGAGCCUCAGGCAUCUCUGUGGGAAUUAAUGUUCUGGUGGCUGCCAGACCUUGAUGACGAUGAAGAUGAGGAGGAAGACGAUGACGAAGUGGAAGUGAAAAGAGGGAGGGCAAAGAGAGGAGCGAUGGCACGGACAUCAAGAGGUCUCAGAAACAGGCCAUUACCGGACAAAAAGCUCACGAAGCAAAGAGAUGGGAAAUUAAAGGACAGGAGGGCCAGGAAAGCCAGGGAUGAAGAAACCAAAGACAAGAAAGAAAGCGAUAAGCAGGAACCCGAAGAAGCAGUAAGGGGAGAAGAUGAAGAUCAAGGCGAUGAUGAGAUAGUACCUGAGAAGAAUAAAAGGUUGGAGGAAAAGAGAGAGAAGAAAAAGUCUCAGAAAGGAUGAGUUGAUUAAUUCUUCUGUCAGACUUGGACAGAAAAUUAAUUUUCGAGUUCAUCUACAGUAAUAAAACAUUUACUAAAGGUGACACCAACAUCCAUGCAAGAUUUUCUAAUUUGAACCUUUAGAAUUCAAUCUUUAAAGCUAAAAGUAAUCUGUGCUUCCAGGACACAGACACUUUGUGCUCCAGCUUUUCGUUGCUGUGCUUGAUCGAUGAUUCUGUUUGAUGGAACUUUGAUUCACCAGCGAAGUCAUUCACAUUUUCCUGGAAUUAAAAAUGACUGUUUCACUUGAAAUAUUCAUGUUAUUACCCAGUUUCUCUCUUUGUAGUGUUAAAAUAAAUAAAACUUAUUUAGUCACCUGCUCUGAGAUAAUACGAUCACUACUGUAGCUUACUCUUUUCUUUGGUGUUUCUUAUGCUCUGACCCACUCACCCAAUCGGUGAUACAUCAAUAAAUUUGUGUGUGAUGUCUUUGGUAAAGCAAGACAUGAAAACGGAAAUGUUUUUUCUCCUCAGCAUUUAAUUACAAAAACAGACUCUUAAAAGACCUGAAUCCGAGCAUUUAUACAAAACAGUACAGCGUUGUUAUUACAAUGUUGCAGACUGCCCCACCCAUUUACAUAGACCAAA